AAAAUUUGGAUUCUAUUUCUUUAUAUUAUACUAGUAUAUUGUUCAUAAAUUCGCCUAAUGAAAAAUUAUAUUCUUUUAUAUUCAAUUCUUCUGCUAAUAAUACGCUAUUUAAACAUAGCGUGUUCACUUGAUUUCCACUUUCUUAUAAAGGAAAUAGAAAAAAAUAUUCCAAUUUUAACCAACUUUCCUGUUAACGAUUAUAAAUAUAUAAUAAUCAUUGAUGCCGGUAGCAGUGGAAGCCGAAUAUUUGUUUACAAAUAUUAUUUUAUCAUGCCUAAUUCUUCAAAUAGUUUAGCUGCCAAUAAUUCUAAAAUAAAAAAUGAUACGUUUCUUAGCUUUUCAAAGUCACGCUAUUCUCAGAGGCUAUCCAUAGAUUACUUAAAGGUAGAACUUGCCAAGGACCCUGACAAUAUGAACAAGGCAUUAGUAAGGAAGAUAAUGCCUGGGCUAUCAUCAUUUACAAACAAUGCUACUUUUUCAGCAGAAUACCUAAUUAAAUUGAUAGAUUCUGUUAUCGUAAAAAUACCCCUACCAAAGUUACAAGAUACCCCGCUGUAUAUAAUGGCAACGGCAGGCAUGAGAUUGGUUUCAUUCAAGGAACAAGAAGCGAUACUGAAAGAUUGUAGACAUGAUAUUGCAAUCAAGUAUCCUCAAUUAGUUUUUCCGCCUUCUCAUAUUCAGAUUAUAAGCGGAAAAAUGGAAGGUAUCUACGCGUGGAUAGCUAUGAACUACAUGCUUGGAAAGUUUGAUAGACAGGCGAACAGCACUGUAGGUAUAUUAGAAAUGGGAGGAGGUUCACUUCAAAUAGCUUAUGAAGUCCCAGGCAAUUAUUCAAACUUUUUUUUAAACAACUCCGAAAACACGAGCCAAAUUGAAGAAUAUGCCAGAAAAAUAAUUGCUAAUUCCAUUUAUCAAUUAGAUUUAAGUGGUAGAAUUUCUAACAAGACUAUCAAAAAGGCGUGGAAUUAUGGUGUUUAUGUUACAUCUUUACUAGGAUUUGGUACCAACGAAAUCAUUGCGAUGCAUAAAAAAAGUCUGAUAUUAAAACAUUUACAGGUUAUCAACAAUACAAAUAUAUCUGGAGACUCGAUUCAGAUUCUAGAUCCAUGCUAUCCCAUCGGCUAUAAAUACAAGUUACUAGUUCAUAAUUGGGCUCAGAACGACUCCACAUAUAAAAUAAACGUUACAGGAACCGGAAACUUUAAAUUAUGUCACAAAUCACUUCUCCCUAUGCUUAAACUGGAUUCCGAAUGUUCGCUAGAGCCUUGCUCUUUAAGUGGUUUACAUGAUCCAAUUGGUUUUUACGCCAAACUACCUAAUUAUACGUUGUUACCUAAGUUUUACGGGAUAUCAGAAUUCUGGUAUUCAUCUCAUGAUAUUUUAGGACUCGGCGGCUUAUAUAAUUCCACCGCUUUUGAAAAUAAAUCUACCAUAUAUUGCGCAACGCGGUUUAAUCCAACUUCGGAAACCUUCAAAAAAUAUGUAUUAUUGAAUCCUACGUAUAGUAGGAAUAUGAUUAUCAAUCAAUGUAUUAAAUCGGUUUGGAUAUACACUGUGUUACACGACGGAUUCAAAUUUCCAAAGGAUCAGAAAAUAAUAGAAUCGGUACUCUUUAUAAAAGGAAAAGAAGCUCACUGGACUCUAGGAGCGAUUAUUUACGCACUAUUACAUGAUUUAUCUUAUUCCAAAAGCGAGGAAUCAAACCACGAAAAAAUUAAUACACGAAAUAUAUAAUGAUUACCAUACGAUAAAAUUUACAAAGCCCUAAAAAAAUAAACUAGAAGGUUUUUUAUCACCCAUUAAAAAGUGUCUUUUGAUUUAUCAAAUAUUUUCAAAUUGAAUAUAAUUUACCCACUGUCUUUUCUUCUCCACGGUUUAUUAUAAAAAAUUUUGAUAAAACGAUGAAUCAAUGGUCAACCAAAAACAAUGUUCUAAGGACAGAAUUUAUUAAAGUUUUUUUUCUAAUUAAAAAAUUGGUUUUCAUUUUAUUCGUAUAUAAAUUAAUAACAUAAGGAGCUAAACAUUCAAAAUGCCAACAUUGUUAUAUUGUUUUUCAAAUUUAAUUAAUGCUUAUUUAUAAAGCCUCUGAAAUUUUGAGAUAAAUCAUUUACCUUUAGUAUCCCUAAAAUAAUAAAAUUAUUUAUAUUUGUUAAAUAUUUGAUGUGAUUCAAAAAAUCUAAUACUUACAAAAACGAAAAAAUGGAUUAUUUUGAUUUUGUAAAAAAAAUUAAAUUAAAAAAAAACAAUAUCUAUUAUAAUUUGUAAUUCAAAUCAAAUAAAAUCAAUCCCCCCCCCUUUUCCCC